AUUUUAUAAUACUUAAUCUUAAAAAAUAAUUCAAAAUCUCAGUUAGGCAAAGCACUUGAAAACCUAAGCAGAAAGAAAAAUGAAGGGAAUAAUUAUAUCAGUGCUGGGUGUUACAGUUAUCAUGGUUCAAUUGAUGGCAAUGCAAGGAGUGGCUAUUGACUGUGCGCAAGUGAACUUGUUAUUAGGCACUUGCAUGCCAUACCUUAUAGGAUUUGAUUCUUCUCCUUCUCUUGCGUGUUGUGCUGGGGUCAGGAAUUUGAAGAGGCUUGCUCCGACCACCGCUGAUCGGAGAGUUGCAUGCGACUGUGUUAAGGCUGCUGCGGCCCGCCACCCAAAUAUAAGGGAUGAUGCUGCCUCUACCCUCCCUAACAAGUGCGGGGUUGACUUUAAUAUUCCUGUCUCUAAUACCACCAAAUGCCAAGACAUAAACUAAGACGAAGAUGAAGGCAUAUAGCAAUAAAAGCUUUGGGAGAUUUCUUGAGGUUCAAAUCUCAGCACUCACAUUCAGACAUUCUUGCUUUUAUUAUUAUUUUGCUGAACCACUGAUGUUCAAUUAAUAAAACAUAUUGGACUAGUA